CGAUGCUUACCGCAUCGAAGAACUACAACACCGAAGCACCGCCCUCAAUCAUCGUUCUCGACACCGAACAGCGCCACCGCCUUCUCCAGCCCGACUGCGAUUCCGCCACCUCAGACGGGCACGUGGCCGACGGGUUUGUCUCCCCUUUUGUGGGGAUGACCAUCCCCGAAGUGGUCCGCUUCGUUACCGAGACAGCCCGCGACACCGUCAUCAACCCGUACUCGGUCUUCAUCGCAGAUGAGCGCACGGCCGCGGACCAGACCGUCCUCGUGGUGGGCAUCCACGACGAGACGCGCGAGGUCGAGGCCGCGGCGGAUGGUCCCCGAGCUCCUCGACCUGCUCGCUGCGAAUCUGGUCAUUGCGAACACGGAUAUCGUGGAGAUGAAACUGAAUGCGGAGGAGACAGGCGGGGUGUACAGGCAUUAGCGUCUGGAAAGGGGUCACGAAGGGAACGGGCUUAUGCAUGA